UCUCUCUCUUCUCUCCCCCUUUUCUCUUCCCCGUUCGAACGCCUCGGCGGCAGCGGCGGCCGGGGGCCGGAGUGGCGACGGCGACCGCGCCACCGCCUGCCCUGUCUCCAAGCUGGCCUACCAUCGCGCAAGCUCCGCCAGGGGCUCCGCCGGGGGCGCGGCAUGGGCGCCCGCGCGCAGCCCACGCCGUCGUGGGCGCGGGAGCCACUGUUCGAGAAGGCCGUGACGCCCAGCGACGUCGGCAAGCUCAACCGCCUGCUGGUGCCCAAGCAGCACGCGGAGAAGCACUUCCCGCUGCGGCGGACGAGCUCCGACGCCUCCGCCACCGCCCGCGGCCACCUGCAACUCUGCAAGGGCGUGCUCCUCAACUUCGAGGACGGCGAGGGGAAGGUGUGGAGGUUCCGGUACUCGUGCUGGAACAGCAGCCAGAGUUACGUGCUGACCAAGGGAUGGAGCCGAUUCGUGAGGGAGAAGGGCCUCCGCGCCGGCGACACCAUAGUCUUCUCCGGCUCGGCGUAUGGCCCCGACAAGCUGCUCUUCAUCGACUGCAAGAAGAACAACACGGCGGCGGCCACCGGCGACGAGAAGCCAAUUACAAGCGGCGAAGCAACACGCGUCGUGAGGCUGUUCGGCAUGGACAUCACCGGCGGCGGCGGCGAUUGCCGGAAGCGGGAGAGGGCGGUGGAAAUGGGGCAAGAGGCGUUCUUGAUGAAGAGGCAAUGCGUGGUUCAUCAGCGUACUCCUGCCCUUGGUGCCCUGCUGUUAUAACAUCAAAUCAAUUCAUAUAUACAUCAUAAAUCUUCCAUCUUUUUGUUGUUCAUCGCCUGUUGUUGUUUCAUCUUCGAUUUAGAGCGGUUCUAUCUUCAUUUUUUUUC